AUGACCAAUAUGAAUCAUUUGCUAAAAGUCGAUAUGUUAUUUAUUUAUUGGGAGUGUCAAAAAAAUGCACGUCAUGCAGCACAAAUUUAUGCUCAACGUUACCCAGGUAUUAUUUAGUAAUUUUCUUUAAUUUUUAUUUAGAUAAUUUUCUCAGUUAUUUUCUUUUUUUUUUAUUAAUUAUUUAAGAUAGAAAAUAUCCAGCAGAUAGUUUUAUUUAUAACUUAGAAAGAAAUAUUAGAACCUAUGAGUCAUUUUCUAAAAGGGUUAACAAUCAAUAACGAAGACGAGCUAAUUCUUUAGAUCAGAGGUUUCCACACUUUUUAUCUUUACUCCCCAUUUCAAAAAAAAAAUCUGACAGACGCCCCCUUAAAAAAAAAGUAUAUAGGUACAAAAGUAUACAUUAUAUACAAUGAAAAAUUAAUGAAUUGUUUACAAAUAAGUAUUAUGUUUUAUUAUUAUAUAGUAUAGGUAUACGUACAAAUAAAAAAAAGAUCCUAAUGAGAUAGAUGUAUCUGGUGUUUUGCUAGAAGUUGGUUAAUAUUCGGUUCGAUUUUUGUAAGAAGCAUUCGUAAGUCCUCACGAUUAGUUAUAGUAACUGCUGUCUUUUUUUUGUGAGUAGAUUUGUUACUGCACAAAACCCACAUUCAACCAAAUAAGAUGAUGGAAAUGCAAUCAAAAAUGUUUGUACAACAGCCCACAAUCCAGGAUAAAGUAUAGGUAUCUGCUUUUGCAGCCAGAACGCUUGGUAUUCUUUCUUGAACUUGAAUUUGAAUUCUUCAUUUGUAGUUGCUUCCACCAAUUCAUCUUCUAAUAUUGAAGAAUUUAUCGUUUCAGUAUUUGAAAAUCGAUCUAAAACCCAUUCGGGUAAGUGCAUUUUAAGAAUAUCUUCAAAUCGUGUUUUGAAAUCUGAAUGUAAUGCUUCCAAGUGUUGACAAUAAGUAAUUAAAUCUUCAUCAUUUUUUUGUUCUAUUGAUAGAUUUGGAAAUUGUAUAAAUUCUUUUCGUCCUAUAUUUCUUUUGUACAUAAGAAGUUUUGUUACAAAUGCAGAAAUAAUAUUUUUUGUUUUGAUUAAAUUCAAAUCAUCCCCUUGAAGUUGCAAAUUUGUUUCAUUAAAUUUUUUAAACAAGUCAGUCAAAUAAGCAAUGUCACUUCUAUAAUUAAUUAAGUUAUCACGUAAAAUAUCAUCUCUGUUUUUAAAAACUCAAGCACCGUGUCAAACAACUUAUAGAACCUAUCCAAACAGACAUCCUUUGACAACCAACGAAUUUCAGUGUGAAAUAGCAAUUGAUUAAAUUCUUCAUCGUUUUCAGUACAAAGUUUUCCAAACAAUCUAUCAUUCAAUGAAUUAUUUUUGAUUUUAUUGAUAGUUCUAAUUACAUAAUUUAAUGACUUAUGUAAGCGCUCCCUUAAAUUUUUAUCAACUAAAUAUUGUCUAUGAAUAACACAAUGUUUUUUUUAAGAAUGCGAUAAAACCUCAAUAGCGCCCUACCAUGGCUGGAGCACCAUCGGUCGCAACUCAUAAGAUAUUACAUAUAGAAAUUUUUUUUUUAUUUAAAAAACUCUUCGAGUGUGUGAAAUAUCGAUUCUCCUUUGGCGUGUGUUACCAAAUUUUUGUUGAAAAAAAUAAAUACAGUGACCGUCCCUUUUUGUAAGUCAAUGCUCUCCAAUAAUGCUUGUAACUUCCAUUGCCCCCGUGGAUAGCUCUAGUGCCCCCAAGGGGGCGAUAUCGCCCACUUUAGGAAACACUGCUUUAGAUAAAGAGGUUGAGGAACAAUUAUUAGUCUAUGUUAGAGCAAAUCCCAGAGUUUCUACACAGUACGUUGGUAAAGAGCUUGGAAUAUCUCAUACCAUAGUUUGUAAGAUUUAAAAAAAGUAUAAAAUGCAUCCAUAUCGACCUGGUUUAGUUCAGCAUUUACGUCAGGGUGAUGCAGUUUGGAGACUUACAUUUGUUGCGUGGUUGAUGACCGGUUUAGACGAAAAUCCAUUAAUUUUAAAUUCAAUAUUAUGGACAGAUGAAUCUAAGUUUACAAAUAAUGGUGUUAUUAAUAAACAAAAUAACCGUUACUGGGACAUUCAAAAUCCACAUUGGACAUUUAAAAUCAAUAAUUAAACUGUUUGGGGAAUAAACGUUUGGUGUGGUUUAAUUGGUAGUAAAUUGCUUGAUCCAUUUUUUAAUGAUGAAAUAUUCAAUGGUAGAUGAUAUUAUAAUUUUUUAUUAAACGCAUUACCAAUGAUGCUUGAUGAUAUUCCUUCAGCUCUAAGAGAAAAUAUUAUUUUUCAACACGACAG